GCAGAUACUUAAGAUAAGGAGCCUAAGUUGACAUUUCAAAAUCCACACUACUUUUAAGUGUACACAUUUGUGACAUACUUCCAUUUCAUUUUGAUAGCCAAAUCAUGUUACUCCGUAUAUUUCUUUGUUGUUUAUCAUUCUUUAUAGGAGGUGUUUCCUCUCAAACCACUCAAUCAAUUUACACGGAAUAUUUCUGCAAUAAUUUAAAAAACGACGACUGUAACAAUCAUAACGUUUCUGAAAGAUGUGGCACCGAUAAUAUUACCUACAGGAAUGGAUGCGAACUUGCAAAGGCGUAUUGUAUCAAAGAUAUCCACCAGGCACAUAUGGGAAAAUGUACAAGUGAUCCAAAUGUAACAAGAAGUCCUGACGAAGUUAAACAUGGCAGUGAGCUAGCGUACGAGAUCGAAUGUGUACGCUUAAUGCAUAUAAACUGUGGUCCACAAGAUCUAAACGAAGUAUGCUGUGGUUCUGACGGAUACACUUAUGAUAAUUUUUGCGAGUUCUCCAAAGGUAAAUGUACACACAGGGAUCUUCAUAUCAGAAGUCUUGGCGCAUGCACAGUUUAGAUGUUUCUUAUUUGAUUUAUUGUUGUAUACUGGUGUAUGUUACAUAAUAAAAAUUACAUGAAAUGUUAAAGAUAA